CUGGCGCGUCCCGUUGCGCGCCGCACAGCACAGUUUCCAGAAGCUGCACACUUCGCAAGCGCGCUCCGGAUCUCUCCAAAAACACAGGGCGGCUGCUCGGAGGAUAGCUGCAACUUUACGAGUCAGUAUGUUUCAUGUCGGGAUGGCAGAGGAUCGGUGACAGGAAGACUUGGGGGAGUUCAGGUACAGCAGGAACAAGGGCGACUCUUGGCUCCCCCUCUACGAGCAGUUUGCGCAAAAUGAUCCAGCCGACGCUUCUGGUGGCGGCUAAUUGACCGGACGCCAGCAUUCCACAGAUCUCUCCUACUCACGAUGUUACCUGCCGCUCUUUGAGCUCAUGUCACUUGCUCUCUCCUUCACUUCCCUCCCAAACUUCAGUCAGUGAUCAUUUGGAGAGCGUCAGGAUGGGAUCGCGGACCGGAGCAGCGCUGCAGAAGCAGACGCUCCUGUGGUUCGUUGUAGCAGUGUCUCAGUGUGUAUCUGCCCUCGGGUGUGGACCCCACUACGAGCUGGCCAUCGAGGAGUUCUGCCUGGCCAAGUUCAGACUGGACAUGCAGGAGCUGGACCAGAAAGACUGGUGCAGCUGGGAGGACACAGUCGAACUCUACGGCGAGCUGACGAACUGCACGUACCUGGUGGCCCUGAAGAUGGAGUGCUUCUGGCCCAACAGGCUGGUGGACGAGUUCUUCAUCGGGGUCCACAGGCACUACUUCCACGACUGCUCGCUGUCUGGACGGCUUCUCAGGGACCCGCCCAACCGCAUCCUGGGUCCCUUCAUCGUAGUGCCGAUCCUGGUCACCCUCCUCAUGACGGCACUGGUGGUGUGGAGAAGCAAACGCAGUGAGGGGAUUGUGUAGUGAAGGGAAGCAGAGAGGCAGGGUCACAAGACUCAAGACAAGAGGUACUUAUUGGGCCUAAGGUUGCGUCAUAUUCACCCUCAGUAACCAAAGCAUCUCUUUUCCUGAGUGUUUGGGGCAAGGGUUUCAGUGGGACCAGAAUCACAUUAUAAUUGGCCCUGAAGAGGAGCUGAACGAGAUAAACUUAAAGCGUACUUCAGUGAUGCCUGAAUGCACAUCAAAGUGAAGCCUUUGCAGCUCCCAUCUAUUCUUACACCAACAGUGUGCUGAAAUCUUUUAUUUGGUUUACAGAGCAAAGAGGGGCCAAGCUGCUCACCUGAAUCCAACGUCGACCAGGAUGACUAAUGGAAACUGUAAAUAUAUAUAUAAAAAAAAUCACUUUAUUGAGAGAAACUGCUUCAAAGAGUUUUGGAUGUGGUGAUAUUGCUACUACGCAUACAAAAAUUGGACAACUAUUUUUGGAGACCAUGAAAAUAACCGCCACCUACUACAGCAAACAGGAAACACAGGAAUGAAACACAGUGCUGAGCUUUUCCAGGAGACCUGUUUUACCCAGUGGUUAAAAUACAUCGGACAAAUACUCCAACCUUCUGUUAGGAAACCCAGGUGUAUCAGAUUUUAUGUGUAUAUACAUACACUGUAAUCAUACACAGUACAAAACGAGAUUAAUGUGUCAGUUGAUUGUCAGAAUGUCUUUGUAAUGCAAUCAAGACAGCAAGUAAUUUUUCUCAGAUGCCUGAUUUUAACUGAUGUGUAUUAUAUUUGAACUAUAUACUCUGAAUAAAGCUGGCUCCUAGUCACACUGUCAAGCUAUAGCAGGAGUCGAAUGUGUCUGUUUUUAGCUUUCAUUCCCUUUCCGCUGCUCGUAUCAGACGCCCUGGCCUCAGGUCCUCAGUGUCCUGGCAUACCUAGAGCUCAGUCUCCCUUCUGAAUAGGAAACAAAGACAUGUUUCCAGAGCAUGAUGCACACUGAACCAGCAGGAGAUAAUGAUGUCGCAGGCUAAAGGUUGGUGCGAUGUGCAGCGCAGAGGAUUGAAAGUCAGCACAACACAGAGAUGACGGUCACUGCAUAGAAGGUCAAGGCCCCAAUUUGGCCGGGCUGUGAUGAUGUUCUUUUUGCAGCUUCCAUCCUCCGUCACGAAGGAAACUAAAGUGAAGAAAUGCCAGCAGACACACAGGUGCUGCAAGUGAGGACUUUGAAGGCCAGCAUACACAGGCAGACGUUGGGAGACUGCAGACAGUUAAUUAACCAAAAAUCCUUUUAUUGUCUAUGAUUUUUGUCCCUCAAACAUGUUGUCCAUGCUGUUUACCAUAUAGAAAGAAAUCAUAAUAACAAUUACCACAUUGAUUGCAUCCAAUUGAGGCAGUAACGUGAAAAUGUGGAAGGAAGAAGAACAAAGGGUGGGAAAUUGACAGCAGAAAAAUCACAAGUCUAACUGCAGAGAGAACAUAAAGCAAUGGAUUAGCCAACGCACAUCUCUGCCAUAGCCUAAAGCACAGUUUGUGUAUCAUGGACCUUAGGUUUCUAUUGAUUUAUGAUCUCCCAGUGUGGUAGAGUGUGCUGUGUGAACUGUUUCCUCAUUGAUAUUUUUGAAUGCUGUCUUUCCUUUAUAGAUUCAUUGACCUGUACCCUGCCUGUCAGCAAAACACACUUUAAAACACACCCACACUUCCCCAACGUGAUCUUACUUUGUACUUUGUGCCAAAAGCUCUUGGAAAACAGAAGGAAAUGUUUGCUAUGAAGUGUAUAAUUUUCUGUUGGAGUGACUUAUAAU